GUUUGUCCAUUUUUUUUUUUUUUUUUGUGUUUUGUGUUUAAACCCCGUCAGUAUUAACUCUUUGGCAAAAUGGCGGUGGAUGAUUCAAUGCGGAAGCUGGUUAUUCCUCCCCACUUUGCUCCUUAUCUUGAGAGGCACAAUAUUUACGAAGUCUUUUAUGAUCUUUCGCUCAGCCUGGCAAUGGACAGACCGCAGGAUCACGUCUUGUACCUCAGGAAUAAAAUAACCGUUCUGACAAAUAUAAAACAAGUCAUUAAAAUAAUAAUAAUUGCACCUGAUCAUGUUGAUAAAAGGGAACUUGCCAGGCAGAUUGGCCAUUCAUUGGAAAUAGAUGUUAUAAGUUUAUGUGAUAUAAUUAUGGAAGAUCCAAAAGCUGAACGAGAUCCUAAAAGGCUGGCACUUCGUUUCAAAGAAUUGUUAAUUAGGAAAAAAAUGACUAAUAAAGGAUGGGUACUAUAUGAUUUUCCCAGGGAUAAGUUCGAGGCUAGAGCCAUUCAAAAAAGUGGAAUGAACGCAACUCAUAUAUUUCAACUUGUCCCUUCACCCACUUUGUAUACGCCGAGAGAUCUUUGGAACGAAAAGGUCAUCGAUUGGGAUGAACGGGAAUUGAUGAAGAUGCUAAUUGAUUACAAGAAUCGAGUUGUCGGCUUAAGAAACAUUUAUACAAACCAGAUACGAGAAAUACCAAUCAGAGGCCGACGACUUCCAGAUGUCGCUAAGGCUUGUGUGAUGAUGACAAAGCAGGUGAAAAUCCGUAGCGCCGCACCUUGCCUGCCACGAGUUGUCCUCAUUGGUCCAAGAGGCUCUUAUAGGAGGACCAUUGCAAAAAUGCUUUCAGAAAGGUUCAACAUGGUCCAUGUUGAUAUGAAUGAGUUACUAGAACAGGGCAAGUUGAAGAAAAAUGAUGUAGGAAAGCAGAUUAAACAGUUGUAUGAAUCUAAUUGUAGAAUAUAUGGAAAACUCAUUAUUGCAGUGCUCGAGGAUCGACUUUUAGAUUAUGACUGUCUGAAUAAAGGCUGGGUUUUGACUGGUUUCCCGAGAGAUAGACUUGAUUUUGAAAUUCUCGAUUCAUUUGAUACACCUCCAAACAGAGUAAUAUUUUUGACUAAAGAUAGCUUCGCAUGCAUUGAAAGGCUUAAAAAGCGAAGAGUGCACCUCUACAAUGGCGAUGUGAAGACUGUGGAGGAAAUUGAGAAAAUGGGCGAUGAUUUGCUGGCAAGUCAUUUCAUCAUACAUCCAAGUGAUGAGGAAAAACGAUUAAUUUUUGAUAAUGAAAUAUACCAACGAGGGAUACAAGGAAUGUUAGACUAUUGCAAAAACAAUUGCUCGAUUGUUGACGGCGAAGGGACAGUAGAAGAAAUUUACGAUCGUGUCGAAAGAGUAAUUAUCUUCCCUGCACCUGUUGAGAAACCGCGUUGUAGGAGGGAUAAGGAAAAAGUGUUGAAGGAUCUACAAGGGGCCAAAGAAAGCAAGAAAACUAUGGAAGCACCUGUAAAAGAGGAGAAGGAUGUAGCCAAGUUUGUAUCCUGCGAGUCUGUCUAUCCAGCCGCUAUCAAUGAAACGUGGAAAAAGAGUUUUGAUGUCAUCCCAGACAACCAAGAUAUAGAUGAAUCGUCCAUUCAAGAAGAAGAGCCUACAUUCAGCAUGUACGAAGAAGAAGUGGUAGGCGAGGAGGAGGAAGAAGUCACAGAUGAAGAACUUUCUUUAACUUUCAGAAAAUCAAAUUAAAGUUACAUAAUAAAGUUUAGGGAUCGCAAAA